CUGCAACUCUCUCUCCUUCCUCUCGCUUGCUCUGCGACUCUCUUCCUCUUUUUUCUGUCAGUUGCAGCGUUGCUCUCUCUCUCUCUCUCUAUCUAUCUCUUUCUCCUCUCUCCGCUUUUCUCUGUGUUUUCAGUCUGCAACUCUUCAUAGAGAAGAAAGUCCGAAACAGGGCAAGGCGUGUCAAGCAAAACCAGAGACUACCCACCACCCUUCUGCGAUCAAUCUUUGUUGCUGCGUGCGACUGGAAAGAAAAUGGGCCAUUUCUGGACCUUUUUGACAUACGUUCACUCCUUAGCAGGGCCGACCGUGAUGCUCCUGUACCCUUUGUAUGCAUCUGUUAGAGCAAUCGAGAGCCCAUCAAAGCUGGACGAUGAGCAAUGGCUUGCUUAUUGGAUCUUGUACUCAUUUUUGACUCUCAUGGAGAUGGUGGCAGCCCCUAUCCUGCAGUGGAUACCCAUAUGGUACCAAGCGAAGGUCUUGUUCAUAGCUUGGUUGGUGCUUCCCCAGUUCAGAGGGGCAUCCUUCAUCUAUGAGAAAUUUGUAAGGGAGCAGCUAAGGAAGUACUGUGGGGAGGUGGGGAAGGACCAUCCUCACAAGAACAAGUUCACCGACUUCCUGCAACCGAAGAAAGGAGAGCACGAGGCGUACUGAGAGGAUCUUGAAGUUUGUAAAACAAGAAAAGUUGCUCCCUCCCUCUCUCUCUCCUCUGUCAAUCUCUCUUUUUCUUCUCUGUAUCUUUUCUCUUCGACGAUGCUUGUAAAUGGGGAGAUCCUUGGAACGCUGGAGUGUUCAAGAAUGUGCACUUUUUUCGUUUUCCGUGUUUCAA